UGUGUGCCUUCGUCUAUUAAGUUGUCUUUUCUUUUUCUCCGAUUAUCCACAUCUUGUCGCCUGCUGGAUGCGGGACAGGGUUUGCGCUGUGCUGUUCAUCCUAUCUCGUCUUCUUUGUCGCUUCAUUAAUAGUACAACCAUUCGAUUGCGUGUGUUAUUUUUUUUUUCGGACAGUCGAUCGCAAUUGGAGCGCAUUUACUCGCUGGGGACAACAUCAUUCGCCACGCGAUCCUUGCUCGUCUGCCUAGGUACCUAGUGCUCAAUCCCACAACGCAGCAGCUGGACCGACGUGUUCUGCAUUUGAUCGACUCAAAGCUCCGCCGGAAUUGACAACGUUCGAGAUCAGGCGCCAGCUUUCUGUAAUUGCCAAUCGCACGAAACUCACGCAUAUCACUGUACAUUCAUCAAAGGAUAUUCUGUUCGAUAUACGAUUGUGUCUCAUGUGGUACAACCAUAGCCAGCCUGGCACCUCGGAUCGAUACGCAUCCCUGUACAAGAUAGCCCGAGAAUACCGAACACUCCCAACGCAAACCACCCAACAACUCAUUUACCACCUUCACCCAGGCGCAAAGCAACAAAACAAAGCGUUAAGGGGAACGGGCUGAGAUCUCACAAAUAUGGGUUGGAAAGAUAAAAUAUUCAGAGGCACCGGUGCUGGUACAUCGGGCUCUUCGGGAAAUGCCUCCGCAAGCAAGAAGAAAGAGAAGGAGGAACCGCCACCCGAAUUGACGCCUCUGGAGAAGCUGCUACAGAACGCCGGGGCGGUCCGAGAAGACGGCAGCGACAAAUUCUUUGGACUUGAAAACUUUGGCAAUACAUGCUAUUGCAACUCGAUCGUCCAAGCCCUCUACUACUCCGAAAUAUUCAGAGAGAGUGUCGUCAACUACCCUCCGUUCUCACCUUCGGACACUCCAAAUGGCAAGCGCGCGAAGAUCAGUGUGCAAAUAAGGCCACCGCCGAAAAAGGAAGCCGAGGAUGAACCACAGGGAAAGAAAAAGACAUCAACAAAAGAUGUCUUGAAACAGAGGCAAAUGAUCAAUUCGGGCCAAGGGGGUCCUGGGCUGCAACCAACGCGGCCUGAAGAUAAGCCCGACUCACCCGAGUACAAGAAGAAGCAGGCCAUGCUCAAAGGCCCUGUACUUGAGUUGGCGCAGGAGAAUUCGGCCUCGUACGGAAUGGACGAGAGCACAUUCACGGGGCUGAAGGACUUGUUCUUGGCCUUGAUCGAAAGUCAGUCAAGAACCGGUGUACUAAGUCCACAACGCUUUCUUGAGAUCUUCAAACGCGACAAUGAGAUGUUCAGGAAUUCGAUGCAUCAAGAUGCACAUGAGUUCUAUGGCUUGGUUCUUAACGAUGUCAUAUCUACCGUUGAGGCCAACGCGAAACGGCUGCAAGAGCAAGAGCAAGCGGCCGCCAAGGAUGGCCUUGCGAAAUCCGUCGAAGACGCGCUGAGUCCAACGAAUGCGCUCGUCAAAGCUCCAGCAGGCUACAGGUCACCAGGGACUGGCUGGGUGCACGAUAUAUUUGAGGGUCUUUUGACGUCAGAGACCAGGUGCCUUACGUGUGAGACGGCAUCGCAGAGAGACGAAACAUUCCUUGAUCUAUCUAUAGACUUGGACGAACAUUCGUCAGUAACGUCAUGUCUUCGGAAGUUCUCGGCAGAGGAAAUGCUAUGCGAGAGGAACAAGUUUCAUUGCGACCAUUGUGGUGGUUUGCAAGAAGCAGAGAAGCGCAUGAAGAUUAAGAGACUUCCCAAGGUCCUCGCUCUGCACCUAAAGCGCUUCAAGUACACGGAAGACUACAGUCGGUUGCAGAAGCUGUUCCACAGGGUCGUGUAUCCCUACCAUCUGAGGAUGUUUAACACGACGCCUGACGCGGAGGAUCCUGAUCGGGUAUACGAGCUUUACGCGGUCGUGGUGCACAUAGGCGGAAACGCCUACCAUGGGCAUUACGUAUCGGUCAUCAAAACAGCAGACAGAGGAUGGCUACUGUUCGACGACGAGAUGGUGGAGCCUGUGGACAAGCACUUUGUGCGCAACUUCUUCGGUGAUCGACCGGGAAUGGCAUGCGCAUAUGUGCUUUUCUACCAGGAGACAACAUUGGAGAAGGCUAUGGAGGAGGAGGACUAUGAAGGCAUCGAGGAAAUAAGAUUGGCGACGCAGACAGCAGAUCUUGCUUCUGACAAACCCAGCGGCGCUGAGAGCCUGCCUCCACUGGAGAAGCCCCUUACCACGCCGAUACCACCGGUUGCAGACCACGAUGCCAUGGCAGCGCUCGAUCAUGCAUUGACGGCACCAAACGGCACGACUCCGGCGGUACCACAAACGCCCGCCAAUCCGUCCGUUCCAGCUGUGCCCGCAGAGGCACCCUUCAGCCACCCACUAGUGGCCGCUCCACCUAAACCCGCAGCCGAAAUUAAGCCUUCUUCAAAAGAGGACAAGGCUCGGGAGAAGCAGCUACAGAAGGAGAAAAAGGCGGCAGAGAAGGAACAGGUCAAGCGUGAGGAAAAGGAGCGCAAAGAAAGAGAGUCAAGGCAACGAGAAGCCCGCAAGUCUGAGCAGGAAGAUUUGCGUAGAGCCAUGGAAGCAAGCAAACAGACGGCUGCAGAAGAGGAACAAAAACAAAAGGCAGACAACGCGCUGUCAUCCAAGGAAGCGCCUACCUCGCCUGCAUUGGGAGGAGGUAUUGGCAACUUGAUGAAGAGAGGCAGUUUAUCACGCGCCAGUUUGGGCUUCCUCAACAGGGAAAAGGAAAAGGAGAAGGAUAAGUCAUCUGGCAACGGCGUGGCAAAUGGGUCAUCGUCGGACCACGCAGCAAACGGCUCGGCGGCGUCACCGCAUCCUGAGAGCCCAGCGUCGCUGAAGAAGAAGUUCAGUUUUGCGCUGGGCAGAAAGAAAAGCACGCAUGUCCUGUCUUAGCCGACCUGACCUGAAUUAGCACAACAUUCGUACGUCAAGUGGAAACAGUCCGAGGUGACGGGUGUUACCAUGCUUAAUUUAGGGAUCCUACUGUUCGUCAUGGCACCAUUCGGUUACGCAUUUUUGUGUCAGGAGGGGGGUUCUGAGCAGUCAUAUUCCGUCCUCUCUUUUAUAUAUUUUCAGCGAUUUCAUAUGGGACAUCAGGUCAUAAACCGGCAUUGUCUAAUGAGAAGACGCGUUAUAUUCUCUGCAACGGUAUAUAUUGUGGCAGUCACACUUACACUGUAAGGGUGAAUACCUGUCUGGGGGAGCAUGUUAGCACUUUUCUUUUCUGGACGGAGGCUAUUCGCGGUUGGUCACUCGUUCAUGGGGCCCGAGAAAACUUCGGGGAGACGUCAUAAAACUUAAUUAUUCGUCACAUACUUUCGUUGGAUAUAUUCAGAUAUUCUGCAUCGGGACUGCCAAAUAGACUUGCUGUGCAGCUCCAGUUGAUUGUACUCUUGUGUGAUCAUUUC